AUGAAUGUUUCUCUAUUCAAUCCACAAUCAUCUGACCCGUCUGUACAUUUAUUUGAUGUACUGCGCUACACAAAUAAACGUUCUCCUGGUUUAUAUUCUUUUAAAAAACUGUUGUUAUCACUUAAAUUUUUGUCCAAACAACCAUUUCAUGACAAACUACGAUCUAAAAGAUCCAACCCACCACCACAUCAUUCACUCCCUUUUUAUGAUGAAGCACCACCUGAUAGCUUUCCGAGUAAACAAGUGGAUAUUGUUGGUCAGUGGGGUUCUACAGACAAUAGUAUAAAGAGAUUAAGGUUUCGUCAUGGUGAAUUCUUAAAAACUAUACCAACGUCAUUUGAAAAACUCCAGGAGUUGUAUUUUCUUGAAGAUAACAUGUGGUUUCAUUCCAUUGAUAUUCCUUUACAACAUCCUGAAAUGUUAGAAUUUUCUCAAUUUGUCACGCGUACAAAACUCAUUCCAUGGAUACCAGAGUCAUACGACUGCAAUCCAAUUUUGUCGAGUUAUUUAAAGUAUCUUUUUUCUGAAGAGUUAUAUUCUGUUAACAGUAAACCUGUUAAUAUCCAUGAUCAGAGUAUUAAUGGACUUAAUUUACGUGCAGAUUAUCGACGCAAAAAAAUAUCAAUGAUUAUGGAAACAGUAUAUCGGGCAUUUUUAUCUGCUAGAACAGAAUCACUAGUUAACGAGUUAUCCACACAAAUUGAUGAACGCGCUACCAUAGAAAUAUUUUUAAAACGACUAGUCGAUCACGAAGUGUUUGAAAACUCCGAGAAUGUAAAUGAAGAUGUUUAUGAACCCGUAAACGAGACAAUUGUUGACGUCGAACGUUGUGUACAUUAUCGUAUUCGGUCUGAGUUAGCUUGGCAGUUGCGGGGACCAUUUCCUUUAAAGCCUCAUUUUAAUUUAGACGAUCCAAUUUGCUUUCUAGAAAACCCUAUUGUAUGCAAUUAUCGCCCAGAAGCAUUUGAUUUGCAACAUAUUGAGUGUUAUAAUUUCAAUUGUUUACCAUUUGCAAGAACGAUCGAUUUUUCCGAAUUUGCUCGAUCUAUUGCAGGUUAUUGGUCUCGCACACCAUUCUGGGAAGGAGAUCCUUGUGAAUUUGGUUUACUUGGAGUUCUUGAUUUAAAUCGUUCCGAAUGUGUACGAAAUGAAAUUAGUUGUUCUGGUCUUCCAGAUGAUGUAAAAAAUAAUAUUUUAAUACGACAUGGAAUCGCUGAGGGUGUUCUUACAGCAUUUGCAUGGGCGUCAGCCCAAGCUUACAAUCAAGGUUUUACUUUAUAUAAUGAGUUAACUUAUCCACUUUGCGUCCAACUAAUUCUAAUGGAUGGUAACUAUAUUCAGUUGUUACGCUUUCAAUUGAAUUCAAUAACAUCGUUAUGGAAAGCUGAGGAUUCAAUGUUACCAUAUAAUUUAGCUUGGUAUUCUCCACGAGUAGAAUUGUGUAAAUUACAAUCUGAUUUAGAACAUAACGAAACAUUCACUGUAAAUAAUGAAGCUAUCUCACUUUUAACAUCUGCUAUGUUACAUCCUGUGGAUAAAAUUACUUCUAGUGAGUCACUUCGUCCUUAUCUUGCUGACGGAAUGGCACCAAGAAACUAUCUUAUAGAUAAAUCAUCAGCUAAACAUUUAAUUCCAUCUUCUGAAGAAGAUAAAUAUUAUCAUGAGAAAUUUGGUGAUAUGACCAAAUUGCAACUUAGUGAAACAGAAAUGAAUGCUUUAAGAUCUAGUGGCGAAUCAAAGAAAUCAAAGAAAUCAACGCGUUUGUAUACUUCAAAACGUCCACAUCCAAAUGAUAUAUUCUACUUUAAAUUAACAGACAAGAGUACUCUUAUCAAUGAAAUCAAAGAAAAAAUGCCUGAUUUCGGUGGACCAUUUGGAAAACUUCCAGAGCCUUAUAACAGUAAAUUAAAAGAAUAUCAAGUGUUCAAACGUAAUUCACAACCACGAUUACGUGUUCAGCCUCCUCCACGUCGUUGGCGUUGA